UUUUCAGUUUGUUGCUUUCUGACUUGCAUUGUAAAUUAUAAGUUUCGGUAUGCAUACUGCUAGGCUUUCAAAUCUUACGUUAGGAGUGUCUCAAAUUGUAAAGGCGCGCGAAGAAAACCGAGCGCCUGUGCGGAUAUUGGCUGUACGGCAGGAUCGCCGCUCGGUUAGAGAAUAUCCUCGGAAUCAUAAGCAAAUGGUCGACCAGGCGGUCUCGGCCAGCUCGGGCCAAUUACUAAACACUGUGAUGCAAGCGAACCGUCGACGAUCGAUGUCCUUCUCAGCAGGCGGCUUACGCAUGUACGGCAAGCAACUACUGAGCAACAGCGGGGGAAAGCGAGAGGGCAGCAGUCCAAAGAACAGCAGAACCAUGAUCAAAAAUCAAAGGCAAGUGGAUGGUGGGUCUAUGCAUGAACAGAAGUUUGAUCUGAGCGGGUUGAAUGGACGAUCGAUGAGCCUGCCGCCGCGGACAACGCUCGAAUUGGGCAUGGGAUAUACGCUUGGCAAGGGCAAGGGACCGCCCAGUUGCAAUCAUCAUUUUAUUGCCCUCGAGAAGACAAUAAAUGCGAGCGAGGCGACUGUGGCGAAGCAACGAGAGCGCAACAAGUAUGACUCCGAUGCCGAGCAGCUGAUGGUUGUCGACGAGGCGCUGAAACAGCGGCUGGCUGUACGCUUCGAUCGCCAGUCGGAGGACGAGCCAAAUCCGGCACGCUUUCGAAUUGGCUACGGUAGCGCCGGCCUUAUCGAUGGCCGACAGCUGCCGGGGACGCAAAAGUCAUAUACGCUGCGCAGGGAGAAACCCACGCCCCACAACAUCGGCAAGGAGCAGACACGCUUCCAGACACUCGGCGAACGUAUCCGACAAUUUGAGGUUAUACAAUUUGCUGACGGGCCAGUCACCUUUCACGCGUUCAAUCGUCGUCAAGGCUAUGGCAGCGGACGGUUCCAACAGCUGAGCAGCAAACACCUACCAAAGCAGCAGCCUUGCCUGAGUUUCCAUAAUGUCUUGCACACGAAUCACAGGCAGCGCAGCCUUAGCUUUCAGACGCGAUCGCAAUCGCUCGAAACGAAUCCGGAGCUGGCACAGGAGCCAAAGCAGAUGAGGCCACUGGCCAUGAUGCACAUGUCCAAAGCAACUGAUAAACGCAAUGUGUCGCCGCUGGGGCAGCUGGGGCCGCAAACGGCAAAUUGGCGACCACAGCAGCAGCAGCAGCCGCAUCGCCAGCAACAACAUCAUCAACAACAACAUAAACAUCCACAUCCACAUCAACAUCAUCAACAUCAACAUCAACAUCAUCAACAUCAACAUCAACACCAACAACAAAAUCAACAAAAACAACAACAGUCAAAAAACAUCGUGGAUGUCUUGGCCCAACAGAUCGAAUUGGAGCCAUCGAUCCUACAAGAUGCACUGUCAGACCAAGUUAAAAUUAAGCGCAAGUAUUCGAAAACGUCAGCUCAGCUCGCGAAGACCAAGUCGAAGCGGUCUAUCAAGCAAGCGAACAGCAACAAACCCCCAAAGCAGUCAAAGCCGGCGCUCCCCAACGUGGCACUUAAGGAAGACUGUGAUGGAAUUCUGCUCGGAUCGAUGCCCAGGGUCGAUGCUGAUAGCAUAGAUGGCACGCCGCCCAAAGCGACUAUUUCCAAUAAAUUGAGCCGCACCAGUCAUUUGACCUUCAUUAAAGGUACGGCCAGGCGACCGGAUCCACUAUUGGCCGAGCAGCAGCAGGAGUUGAAGAACAUCAAACCGACCGGUAGAGACGUGCGUGCAGACUUGCCCAAGCAGCCGCCAACGGCAAAAAGCGCCCAUCAUCUUUUAGCAGCCAGCGCCACCCAAGUCUCUGCAUAUAAGCGUGCCUUCAAGAAUCGCCAGCAGAUACUCCAAGCCGAAAUGCUACACAUACACGCGCAGCAAUUGCCCACAGAGCAGCAGCUGGAGCAGCGUCAGCAGCGCUACCAGCAACAUAAGCUUUAUCAACAACAGCAGCGUUUGGCCAAAGAACAAACGGUAGGCAAGUCGUCCAAUUUUCUUUCCAUGAUCAGCAAGAAGUACCCGAUACCAAAAGCCAAGCUUGAUCCGAGUCCCACGUCCAAGCAGCCAACGUCCACGCAGCUUCAGCCAGUUAAGAAGUCGGUACCAAAGAGUAAGUUUGGGCAAUUGUUACCGGAGAGUAAAAGGUCAUCAAUGCCGCUGAUGUCGGCGGGACAGCAAUUUAGGAACCAUCAGCGAGCAGCAUCGGUUAUUGUGCCCGCUGAGGCGAUGACUAAGCAGAGGCGCCAAGCUGUUCCGCGUUUAUCCUAUGCGUAUAAGCCCGCUAGCUUGGCAACCGACUCAGAGCAGGCCGUGCCCACCAUCAGUCAGAAGCGACAAAAGCUGCAGCUGCAAAAGAAGAAGCAACAGCAGCAGCAACAGCAACAGCAGCAGCAGCAGCAACAGCUGCAUCAGCGCCGGCAGCAGGCAUAUCAAAGUUUUUGGAGACGCAGCAACUAAAUGUUAAAUACUUCAGACACAGGAGCGCACGCACACCCAAGAGCCAGAUACACUCAGACGCACACACACACAUAGACAUAUAAAUACACACCCACACACACACAUAGACACACACGCACACACACACACAGACACACACGCACACACACACACACACACACACACGACCGCAUAGAAAGAUAGCUAACACACAUGACCUAAAUACCCAGUUGUGAAACACUGCAUUGACCUGUCCCACACAAAAAGCAAAAAGCCAAACGACACUCGUUCUGGACAAUAAUAAAAAGUAAACCCUAAA